UAAAUUAACCAAGUAUGGUUAGUGAGAAUCUUGAAAAGUUGUGAGGAGAGCCAAGGACCACGGGUCCUGUUCCUGCCUCUGCCAUGGAAUGGCAGUGUGACCUUUACUGAAGCGGUUGUCUUAGCUGUGCCUUAUAGGACAUGGAGACUUUCAGAAUAACUAAAGUACUCUUUCACAUAAUUUUUAUGGAUAAUUCUGUGCAAAUGCAUUGCUCUGUUUGGUUGUAAUUUGGAAUGCUUGUCAGGUGGUGGUUAUUCUUGUGCUAAUAUUUGUUCUUAGGAAGCUGUAAAGCGGAACUUCUGAUAAUAGGUAUUUAUUUUGAAUGACAGUGCACCAGAUUUUGUAUUGCUGUCGCAGUUUUGAGACUGAAGUUCUUUUUACCCCCUUUAUACUUUGAGAAUAUUGCGUGCUUCUUCUGUGAUACCUUGUUGGGGUGUGAAUUUGCUCAUUACUUCUCGGAAAAGAAACCCCAUGAGAUUUAAUUGCAGGCUGGAGAAUGGGCCGGGACCCCCCUCAGUGGGAUGCAUGCACUCUUGGCUGUUUCUUGAGCUCUGUAAUUAAGAGAUUGGCUUAGUACAUGGGCUUUUUGUUUGCUUUCUAAUUCUAGGUCUUUGCCGAGAUUCUUAAGUCUUUAAGAUCUCUAUCUUGAAAUUAAAUGUAAAUGCUGUGUGGUUUUCUGGGGCUUUCUUGAAAUGUUGGAUCUUACAACUCUCAAGCCAGGACCUUACAGCAUAGCAUGACACACUGUGAUCUCAGUGCUUGCCUUCCUGUGCCGUUUGAGGUUUGCAGCCUUUGUAAACAACAGGCUCGAUCCUGCUGGAAGUGGUUCUCUGCUGUGAAUGAGAGGCUUUUCUGUAGGAACUUGCUGUUUUGCAGCAGUGGGUACAAGUUGCUGUCUUCUUGCCUGUGUCUAUGUGAGUUCUCCUUGCUGUUGCCGUCUAGGCAGGCAGUCUGUCUUCAUGUUCAGUUCUGCAAUUACCUGAUUUCCUUUCAUCCUUCAUAACCCCCUUCUGAGUGUGUACUGAUCUCUCAGCUCCAACAAGCAUAGUUUUGCUGGCCAAUUACAGCAUACUGACACUGUUUUCUGUGUUUACAAUAUUUUCUCUUUUUUUCAUUGUUGAGAUGUUUGUAUGGCACCUUUAUCUGUACUGAUACAACAUGGGGAGGGGGGAGAAUUGCCUGUGUGUGCCAAGCUGAGCAAUACUCCUACUUGCCCCAACUUCUUACUUAUCAAGUUGAGAUUGGAGCCAUUACGCUGCCUCGGGAAGGAGGAUGGUUUUGAGCUGUACCUUACAGUUCCUUGUCACAGCUGUCACAGGGAUUGCGGGCUAGGCCCCUCUUGCUGUUACUUUUGCUCAGUCUCAAUAAGCAUCAAGUUAUCUUUGUGGUAAUGUAAAUAUGGAGAUGGGAGAAUAUAUCUGAGAGGAGAUGAGAUUUGUGCUGUAAGUCUUCGGAAUGGGGAGGCUCUUAAGAAACCUGCUUCAUUUACCUUUUUACUUGGAGUUACUACUUAAAGGGGGGAGGAAUCUGUUUUCUUUCCUACCGUGCUUGGAGAAAGGGCUUACAGACAACAAAGAACAUUGUAAUGCUUUCCAAUAGUCCAGGAUUAUUGAACAAAAGUGUCUUGCUGUGCAAUAUUGCUGCUGUGCUCAGUGUUGUAUGAUAACACAUGUUUCUCAGCUGUUGUUGAUUCCUCAGUGGCGCAGACUUCAAAAGAAUGUGCUGAAAGAGAGCCGUGGCCAAGAGAGAAAAGAAGUUUUGUUCCAGUGACCUGUACCAUCCAUCCACUUAAAUACUUUGUGGAGCUAUUCCAGAGCGUUCAGGAAUCCAGUGAAGGCCAGCGAGUGAUUACAGCUGGAAAUGGAAUCUGCUACAAAGAGAUCACCCAGCGAGCACUUAAAUGCCACCUUCCCCUCUAACCCCCUGCCAUCCUGGCUGGCAGGAGCGGAUAAGGCUCAUCGUUUAGGCAAGUGACCUUGUCAGCAGAGUUGGCCCUUACGCCUGGAGCAGCAGAUUGCACUAAGCCCUCUGCAUAACCAGACAUCUCCAUCUGUCUUCACUUGCAGCUCCUGAGAAAAGACCGCUGCAUUAUCAGUGCUGUAGCUGCAAGCAUGACUUGACUGAGUUGCAUUCAUGGCUCUUGGAUGAUCUGGUGAACCAUGGAGCUCAAAGUAUGGGUGGAUGGAGUGCAGAGAAUUGUCUGUGGAGUCACCGAAGUCACAACAUGUCAGGAAGUUGUAAUAGCCCUUGCCCAGGCUAUUGGGCGCACCGGGCGCUACACGCUGAUCGAGAAGUGGCGGGACACCGAGCGGCACCUGGCGCCGCACGAGAACCCCAUCGUGUCGCUCAACAAGUGGGGGCAGUACGCCAGCGACGUGCAGCUCAUCCUGCGCCGCACCGGGCCCUCCCUCAGCGAGCGGCCCACCUCGGACAGCGUGGCUCGCAUCCCCGAGAGGACGUUGUACCGGCAGAGCCUGCCGCCCCUGGCCAAGCUGCGGCCCCAGAACGACAAGGCCAUGAAGAGGAGGGAGCCCAAGAGGAAGUCCCUGACCUUCACCGGCGGGGCGAAAGGGCUGAUGGAUAUCUUUGGGAAAAGUAAGGAGUCCGAGUUCAAGCAGAAGGUGCUCAACAACUGCAAAACGACGGCGGACGAGCUGAAGAAACUGAUUCACCUCCAGACGGAGAAGCUGCAGUGCAUUGAGAAGCAGCUGGAGUCCAACGAGGCCGAGAUCCGGUACUGGGAGCAGAAGUACAAUGCCAGCCUGGAGGAGGAGAUCCUCAAGCUGGAGCAGAAGAUCAAGAGAAAUGAAGUGGAGAUCGAAGAGGAGGAGUUCUGGGAGAACGAGCUGCAGAUUGAGCAGGAGAACGAGAAGCAGCUGAAGGAGCAGCUGCAGGAGAUGAGGCAGCGCAUCCUGGAGUGCGAGGGCAAGCUGAAGGACUACAUGUCCCAGAUCCACAACAUGGAGAGCGGCCUCGAGGCGGAGAAGUUGCAGCGGGAGGUGCAGGAAUCCCAAGUCAACGAGGAAGAGGUCAAAGAAAAGAUUGAGAAGGUGAAGGGUGAAAUCGAUAUUCAGGGCCAGCAGAGUCUGAGGUUGGAAAAUGGCAUCAAAGCUGUAGAAAGAUCUCUGGGCCAAGCUACCAAGCGGUUACAGGACAGGGAACAAGAACUAGAGCAACUGACAAAGGAGCUGCGACAGGUCAACCUCCAACAGUUCAUCCAGCAAACAGGAACAAAGGUCACAGUGCUGCCAGCAGACCCUGUUGAGGUGGAGGCCCCACCUGUGGAGCUCGAGAGAGAGCCGACAUUUCAGUCGGGGUCGUUGAAGCGCCCUGGGUCGUCGAGGCAGCUCCCCAGUAACCUUCGGAUCCUGCAGAAUCCCCUGUCGUCUGGUUUUAACCCGGAGGGCAUUUAUGUAUGACACUAUAUGCCUCUAGGAGAGGACCUAGCAAGGUACCCUGGACAAGAUACACUUUUCUUUUGUUCUGCCAAUGAUCAAUGGAAGAAGCUUUUUGGUUUUUGUUUUUUUGUUAAACCACCCUUUUUUUUUUUUUUUUGUCUUCUUCCUCCAACACACUACUUGGAGCCAUACCUUGUGCACUGAAGAGGCAGAGGAACUGUCUCGAUUCAUAAGUAGCAAUGGUGAAGUUGCUGUCACACACCUAGAGCGCAAAACCAAAUGGAGGUCUUUGCCACUUCAGAAGCAUUUGGGAAAGUAUUAUUCCAUGUAUAGGCGUAAAUAAAAGACUGAGGGUGAAGGAAACCAUGUAUGCAACUGAUUUGAGGUUUAAUUUAUUCCUUUUAAUCAAUGGACGUGUGAAUGUUGGCCUUUUAUAUUUUUUAUUUUUUAACUUGUGAAUAAUCAUGUAUGGUUGUACAUCAGUCUGACAAGGUGACUUUAAUUUGCAUGUACAGACAUCCAGCAUUUGAGCAAGUGCAACAGCUUGCAAUGCGGAGAGUUGUGUGCUGAACCUCUAAAAUGGUUUCUCACCACUGGCUUUGUUCCUUUCUGUUGUGGGUCAUACGUCACGUUCCAUCCGUUGCUACCUUUUAAGAUUUGAAAAGCGAGUCUGUGGGAUUUACUUGCUGUUGAAUCUGCCUUGAGAAAAGCACCUAGUGUUCAAAAGACUGAAGGAAUUAAAACCUUAGCUUGGUAAGAAUAUUUCCAGCAUACAAUUGAGGAUGCACUAGUUAGAUGAUAUUUUAUUAUAUAGAAUGUAUAUUUGAAAUAUUUUGCCACAUUGUAUAUGCCUUUUGAGAAAAGAACAAUGUAAGAAGUUGUCUUCAUAUAUCUUACCAAAAGAGAGUAAGAGGCUUUCACUGUGUGUGAUUUUGUACUUUAUUUCUGCCAAUAGCCAUUACAGUGUUCUUGUUUUGCAGUAAAUCAUGUUGUUGGAGGAGAAAAAAAAACCAAAACAACACAAAUGAGCAUCCUCUCCCAGCCUUCCAGAGUUCACCCAGGUUUUGUAGAGGGAAGAAACCUGGCAGAGUCCCGUGAGGUCGAUAGCAGAGCUUCUGCUGACUUGAGUGGAGCUAGGUCAAUUUCAUUCCAGGUCCCCUGUGUAAAAUGCUAGACUUUAGCCCGUUAGAAAACAUACUGCUGCUCAGUCGUUUACAGAACAUGAAGUAUACAAACAGAAAAUCAAAAGAUCUAGUAGAUGUUUUGUUUUUUGGUUUUUUUUUAUUUUUUUACAAAAAACCAAACCAGCAAAGAGAUAACGUUUUAUCUUAAUGUUACUCUCAUGCAGUCAAAGCGAGCUCUAGACAAAAUGGCUUUUGUUCAGAAAGAUACUACCAAGUAGCAUGUUGGGUGUGGGUCUUGAAAUUGGAUUGACAGUGUGCACAAGUUUGCUGAGUAAGUUAUUGGCAUCAGUGGGAUAGCUGAUUUACAUUAGGAGGCUACAGCCUCAUGGAUGAGAUGGAGAAUGGAUGGACCUUACCUAGUUGCAUUUGGAUUUCCUGUUCUAACAGCAGCUCAAACUAUCAUCCACACAUUUGGAAUGAUGGCCACCAUGAUGUGAGAGGGUGUCACAGUGCUGUCACUGUAAUAUUUAAUAGUUAGGUCCCCAGAGCACAGAAACAAAGAGGAAUCCCAGAGUUCAGUCAGUGGCAAAAUGACAAAACUCCCAAUACCUUUGGUAGGGUCAGGAUUUUACCACUGGUAGGAAACUCCAAGCUUUUUAGCCACAGAAAAAUUUUAACUCCUAGUAUCUUCUUGUGUUGAUUUACUGAUGUGCAGGUAAAUGUUAAUUUCAAUUUUCUUUUUUUCUUCUUUUUUUUUUUUUAUUUAAGAAAAGGAGCUUCUUAGUCAUACUGACAAACAGUGGCUUUAUCAGAUAUAGUAGAAGAUGAAGGACUCUUGAGUGUUCAAUACAUUUUUUAUUUUCCACUUAUUAAUGGCAACAUAUAUUCUAAAAGUGCUGCUGUACUUAGACUAACAGCAACAGAUAAGGCUGUGAAUAUAUGAAAAGGACCUUUCCGAAUGGACUCUGAAUUUUUACUGUUUAAAUUAUCAGGUCUUCUUUUUCCCUUGUGAGUAAACUGGAAAAUGAGAUGUUCCUAUCCAAGGAACCUUCGCAGUGCUCACAAUUUUACUGUUAGUUUAUCACAAUUCUGUGCUCAUGUUUACUGCGCCCAUAACUUUGUAUUAAAAAGAGAAUGUGUAUAUAGAUAUAUAUAUAUAUAUAUAUUAAAAAAAUGUAAAAUAUACAUAGUUUCAGGACAAUAUCUGUCCAAGGUACUUGAGCAUAUAUGCCUUACAUUCUGGGUUCAAUUUACAGAAAAAAAAAGUGAUACUCUCCAGUGAAUAAUUUGCAUCUUCAGCACCUCCUCUUGACACUAGAGAACCGAGGCACUCAGCACCUUGCAAACUCUGGCCCAAAUUAUGCUGCACGGGGACGGGGGGAAACGCAAGGAAAAGCCUGUUGCAAUCUUAGCCUUGUACUGAGGUAAGGUAGAUGAGCAUACAUACCCACUUAAUGUUGUUGUCAGACUUUAAGUGACUGGUCCAUCUCCCACAGAUACAAGUUUGAGCUGAACUGAGCUCUUGGGGCAUAAAAAAAAAAGCAACUGCCCUCUUUCUCUGUGAGGUUAUUUCUGAGGUUAGAGGGAGGAGGAAAAGGAUUGAAAGGAAGAGGAAGAGCAGCUUUGGAGGGCUUGAGUUAUGGUUUCCUAAUAGAACCAAGGAAGGAUUUUCCCAUUUAAGUUAAAAAUUAAAACAGUGGUAUCUGCUGAUUGCAGCAGCUGUUUGACUGAAGUGCCAGCCUAGAGCUGACUCAAAAACAGCCACUGCAUCACCAAGGGGAUCCACCUUAUCGGGGCUUUAGCGUAUGUCAGGGUGGUGUAGAGAACAUUUACAUCUUCAGCCACUGCUGUGGCAAAGGAGAGGCUUUUGUGUCUGAGCCUGCCAUUUGUGAGACAAUGACAAAUCUACAGCUCCCUCCCUCUGUACUCCUGUUGCUUAUUGAAUUUCAGCCAGGUUAAAGUUCUGUAGCAUUUUCACCCUCUCUGUAAAUAAACCAAGAAGAAAUGGCAUGCCAUCACAUUAAAUGUGAAUUGAACAAUGUAUUACAGUUAUAAAAUUUCCUCACAUUACGGCGCUAAGAGUUUUGCUUGCGAUCAAUUACAGAACCUCACUCUUUUUUUAGAAAUGUAGAAAAAAGUCAUUUUCAGAAGUGUUUCAAACCUCCUCAUGGGGCAUUAGCAGGAAAGAAGCUACAUGUACUAAUCAAGUGCCAGAUUAUGUACUGGCCAGCAUAAGUAUUUUUGUUUGCAUUAAAUAGUUAAAUAGGCAAGCACUGUUUUCCAGUGCACGGGGAAUUUAUAUGGAGAACUCCUGAAGUUUAUUUACUUACACUGAUGGAAAUUAGCUGUUACCUCUCCAAUCCAUGAGGAUACAGUUUAUUUUUGGUGGUGAUGCUAUGUUGUUGGGGGAAUGGGGAGUGACUGACUGACAAGCCAGUAGGGUAAUGCUAAGGUAAACGUUCUGAAUGCCCAAGCAACGGAGAAAUGCAAAUCCCACUUUGAAAAGUGAGCUAGGAACCUGCCUCCCAUUAUCCUUCAGUGGGACUUAGGUUCCCAAGUGCCUGAAUUGCUUCUGAAAAUGCUAUGUUAGCUUUGUGAUUACUUGUUUUUAUUAACCCUAGCAAGCUGGAAGGAAGUUCUGUAGCAAGAGAACUACCACUAGCAUUAGCAAUAUGCAAACAUGCUUUCAUUGUGAGGUAAGAGGGAAAAGAUCUUUUAGUGAAGUAAGUCUCCUCUUGGGGCAAUAAUUGCCUUCUUUUUAGCUUGAAGAGUAUAUUUUAGUGAACUGGGAUCAUAUGAGUAUGAACAAAAAACAGAUCUUGUAAUUUUUAGCGAGUUAUCUUGAAGCAUAUAAAUUCCUGAUGUGCAUUAACUUGAGUGAAUUGGGCCUUAAUGAUCCAUGUAAAUACCAAAACUGUAUUCAGAUAUUUUCUCCAGACAAGAGUCUUUAAUGGUCUGUACUGUAUCAAAAUUGAUAAGUGUCAAAGUGUUACUUUAUAUUACACUUCUUUUUUUUUUUUUUUUAAAUAGAACAUUGAAACAUGCAUGUUUAUUUGCUACAGUAUUUUAAUGUUUUGGAUGAAGGCCAUCAGUUGUAUGGAGAUGACAAAACAAUCACUCUAUUUAUUCAGUAUUGCUGCUUAAAGUUUUCAAAAUAAAGCUUUCAAUGCCAAUAUAGUGACUGAUUGAAAGCUGUUCUAGCUCUCUUCAGCUGUUUUUGUUUUUUUUUUCUUUUUUUUUUUUUUUCCUGCUUAUAGAAAACUAAAGAAAUGAAACUUGGUAUAUAAGGUAUAUAAGCUGUUCUACCUGCAAGGAAUUAUUGCAAUAAUAUUGUGGGAUGGCUGGGAGUAUGUGUGCAGUAUAUACAUAAAUACAUGCAUGCAGUGAAUGCUUUGAGUAAAUGGACUGCUGAAGAAUGUUCAAAUCCUUUGCAGUGUUGCAAGCAACUUCCAGGUGCGACCAAAUACUGUUUUAACUCUUCACACCAAUGUGCAAUGCUUAGGAAAGACAGAACGAGUAGAGGUGGUCUUAAAGGAUAAAUUCAGAGUCCUUUGAACCAAAUAGGGUUUAACCACAGGUGUGUUUCUGAAUUGGGCCUAAAAGCAUGUUCUGAUAGAAAAGGCUUUUCUGUUACGGCAAGAAUGCUUCAUUUCAAGCAUAUUUGGUACCUCUGAAAAUGCACGCAGUUCCAAGGUGAAUCAAGUAUGUCCACUAUAUUUAGUAAAAAGGGUAUCAAAAUGCAGAGGACAUGCAUGCUCGUGAAUACAGCCACCUGGUGAAACUACUCACUGGGGGUCAGACUGGAAGAUCUGAGUUGCUGAAGCUUUAACACUGAGAAGCAAUGCCAAUUAACUGUGAAAACACAAAUGAGCAUUUUCUUACUGCUCUGCUUCAAUGCAAGAUAAAAAUCUGUACGAUAUGUAACUAUAUUUUGUCAUUUAAAAAGCUUCUAUUUUUGAUUAUUCUCAUGAAUGGUUGACAAAAGAUAUUGAAUAUGCUCCCAUACAAUAAAUGCCCCUCUGAAACUUUGGGUCUUUACAGUUCAUGGUUUGCUAGAAUUGCACUGUACCUCUUGUAUACACUAUACAUCUUCAUCUACAGCUGAACUCUGUCCAUUAAAGAACAAGAUGAUGUUC